CCGGCUGGCUCGACACUAGCACCCCAAAUCGCCUUAUGGUUAAGACUUCAACGGUUUUUCUAUGUCUGCGGGAAUUUGUUUCCUCAAAAACACCAAGAGAGAAGAAACGAGAACCAGAGAGAAUUUUCCAUCGUUGGUAUUUUGUCGUAUUUGAAGAUACCAGGCUUUCCCAUCGUUUCAAAGACACACUUCGUCCCCCGGUCCUGUCAUAUUGGUGUUGUUGCCUUCCUGUAACGGAUUUCAGCUGUUGGGUGUAAGGAGGAGUGGAGGCAAAGAUGCCGAAACCGAUCAACGUCCGUGUGACGACCAUGGAUGCAGAGCUGGAGUUUGCCAUCCAACCGAAUACCACGGGGAAACAGCUCUUUGACCAGGUGGUGAAGACAGUGGGACUACGAGAGGUCUGGUUCUUUGGUCUUCAGUAUGUGGACAGCAAAGGUUACAUCACUUGGCUCAAACUCAAUAAGAAGGUGACCCAGCAGGAUGUGAAGAAAGAGAACCCCCUGCAGUUUAAGUUCAGAGCCAAAUUCUUCCCUGAGGACGUCUCAGAGGAGCUAAUCCAGGAGAUUACCCAGAGACUUUUCUUCCUGCAGGUGAAGGAGGCCAUCCUGAAUGAUGAAAACUACUGUCCUCCAGAGACAGCUGUGCUGCUGGCAUCAUACUCUGUCCAGGCUAAGUAUGGAGACUACAACAAAGAUGUCCACAAGCCUGGGUACCUUACCCAUGACAGACUGCUGCCUCAAAGAGUCCUGGAGCAGCACAAGCUGACCAAAGAGCAAUGGGAGGACAGGAUACAGACUUGGCACGAGGAACACAGAGGAAUGCUCAGAGAGGACUCUAUGAUGGAAUAUCUGAAAAUCGCCCAGGACCUGGAGAUGUACGGUGUCAACUACUUUGAGAUCAAAAACAAGAAGGGGACACAGCUGUGGCUGGGUGUGGAUGCCCUCGGUCUCAACAUCUACGAACAUGAAGACAAGUUGACACCAAAGAUCGGUUUCCCCUGGAGUGAGAUUCGAAAUAUCUCUUUUAAUGACAAGAAGUUUGUCAUCAAACCCAUUGACAAGAAAGCGCCUGACUUUGUGUUUUAUGCUCCGCGACUCCGCAUCAACAAGCGUAUCUUGGCGUUGUGUAUGGGUAACCACGAGUUGUACAUGAGGAGGAGAAAGCCCGAUACCAUCGAGGUGCAGCAGAUGAAGGCUCAGGCCCGGGAGGAGAAGCACCACAAACAGAUGGAGAGGGCUCAGCUGGAGAAUGAGAAGAAGAAGCGAGAGUAUGCAGAGAAAGAGAAGGAGAGGAUAGAGCGCGAGAAAGAGGAGCUCAUGGAGAGGCUGAGACAGAUUGAAGAGCAGACGAUGAAAGCUCAGAAAGAGUUGGAGGAACAGACUCGCGUGGCCAUGAAGCUCGAGCAAGAGAGGACGAGAGCGAAGGAGGAAGCAGAGAGGCUGGAGAGAGAAAGGCAUAUGGCUGAGGAGGCCAAAGCAGAGCUGGCCAAACAGGCUGCAGACCAGCAGAAGAGCCAGGGUGUGUGUGCUGCUGAACUGGCUGAAUUUACAGCCAAGAUUGCUUUACUGGAAGAAGCCAAACGAAAGAAAGACGAUGAGGCAAUUGAAUGGCAGCACAAGGCUCUGUCAGCCCAGGAGGACCUGGAGAAGACCAAGGAAGAGCUUAAGACCGCAAUGACUGUGGUUUCAGAACCUUCUGGUGGCCAAGCUGAGAACGAGCACGAUGAGCAGGAUGAGAACCACGCGGAGGCCAGUGCUGAGCUGUCCAACGAGGGCGUCAGCCAGCUCGACCUCCGCAGUGAGGAGGCACGCAUCACUGAAGCGCAGAAGAAUGAGAGGGUGAAGAAACAGCUGCAGACAUUAAGCUCAGAGUUGGCCGAGGCCAGAGACGAAACCAAGAAGACACAGAACGAUGUGCUACAUGCCGAGAACGUGAAAGCGGGCCGAGACAAAUACAAAACGCUGCGCCAGAUCCGACAGGGCAACACAAAGCAGCGCAUCGACGAGUUUGAGUCCAUGUGAGAGCAUCACCUCUUUUCCCGAACUUUCCCCUCAGCGGCUGCUCGAUUUUCAUGGACAACAGAUGCUGCCGUCCUUAUAGUCCCACCAAGGCAAUCUUGAGAAAUCACCUUGUCAAACUUUGCCAAAGUCCUGCCCGUCAUCUCCACUCUGAAAGUUCCGGAUAUCUCUCUCAUAUAGGGCUGCCUACACGCCACUCUGAACAAAAUAUCAUCGCACUGCAGAGGUCACCUGUAUCCUUAAGCGCAGGGGAAAAGAGAAACUGUAAAACCAAAAUGGAAGCAAUUUGAUUUUUUAUUUUUUUGACAAAUAAGGCCAUAGAAAGCUAUUUUAUUUGUUUUUGCUUGACAUCUUGUAUGCAAAGGUUUAGUAUGUCUUCAGUUAAAGAUCUCUUUGUUUUCUCCUCUCCCUGUUUUUAUGUUGUUUCCCUGCUUUUGUUUGACUCGUUUUAUCGAUGGUGCCCUUCUUUUUAGUUGUCUGUCCAACAAACGAAUGCAGGCUUUACUCUCUAUGAAAAAGGGUGGGUGUUUGGGGAUAAAUUAGGUCAAUAUUUUCACUCAGCGUCCAAUCAUCAUAUCAAAACAUUGCACAAUAGUUUGCACAGUCUCUGGUAGUCAUUAGAGAGCAAAAUUUUAAGUUGUUUCACUCUAUUUAGUCAAUUCACAAUGGAUGAGGGAAGAAAUUGUUAGAUUUUGACAAAGUCAUUAUAUAACAAGGAUGAAGUUGUAAUUUCAAGAAAAAGAUGUAAUACUAUGAGGAAUAGUCUUGUAAAUUUACACAAUUUAAGUUGUAAUAUUAGAAUAUUAAAAUCGUACAUUUACAUGAAAAAAAUUGCAAUAAAGUCAAAGAUUAAACUGGAGAGUUUAGUAAUAUGGUACAAUCUCUGGUCCAUAAUUUCUGCUUUUUAUCUAAUAUUUUCAGCAUUGUAUCCUUUAAUUUUGACCAUUUAUUCAUAACUUUUUUUAAUCACUUUUUAUACCAUCUUAUCCAACUCUCCAGUUUUACUCUGUGAAAUUGCGACCUAAUUCUUAUAAUCUUAUGACUUUAUUCUCAGAAUCUAAGGUUUUUUUUUCCAUUAACAUGGCCCUUAUCUUCCAUGGUAGAAUGUUACAUUCAUAUAAAAAUACUGCAGUAUUUUAAUAGUUACCUUUCAGGCUGGAGAUCAAGAAUAGCAACAAGUAAAUGACUCGUAGGGAAUAGAGCCAUCCAACUUGUCUGAUGGCAGGUUUAGAUGAACGAAUGUAGCGAAGGUAACAAAGGGAAAGUGUUGUUUUACACGCAUUGGUCAUAGAAUAGCAUGUAACGAGCUUGUGCCACUGAGCUGUCGCCCUCGAGUUUAAAAGUGUUAUGAACAUAAGCUAAUUGGUAGUUGUGUAGCUUUGUGUGCUUGUGUUUUCCAGUUGCAUCCGAGUGUUUCAUUCCCAGUCACCAUAGAUGGUUUUCUCUGCCUACCAGCUCACAGAGGAAGCCAGGCGGUUAAGUGGGCAGACAGAGAAACGGAGAGAUGAUGUCCACGCUGCUUGUCUGUCUGUCCAAACGUUUUGAGUGUAUCUGCGUGAGUGUGUGAAAGUGAAUGCAAAUGUGUUAAACCUGAGACCUGACUCCUCUCUGGCUGGGGAGCUUAUGAAAACAUCAGUCCUGGAUGCAGGACAAAUCUCUACCUCAGUCAUGUUAGCAGUGGUGACCGACAGUCAAAUACUCGGGGCGCCCCGCCUCUCUCCCUUUCCAAAAAACAAAAAGUAAGGUCAUGGUUUUACUCAGUUGCUGUUACAAUCUUGGGUGGUACUCCUGGGCAGGCUGCGUGUUGUCAGUUGCUUUGUGGCUCUACAUUGGGUUAUUGAUUUAAAUAGAACAUUAAAGGGAUAGGUCAGAUUUUUUGAAGUGCAUACAUCACAUACAGUUUGGAGAAGCAGGCUGGAGUCCAAUUCAGAGGCUAAGCAAUGCACUGCUGUGGAUGGGGGCCAGCAACAAAACAUAUUGUAGCCACCUAUAAAAAGUUCCACCUAAGUGGAAAAAAUUUUCAGAUCCUUAAGGAGCCCCUGUCUGUAGCUCCUUAAGGAUCUUUUUUCAAUUUUACAAAUAUAAGGCCUGAAAAGUAAUUAAUUUGUCCAAAAAUCAGUCUUGUAUCUGGUUAAUAAUUAUCUUGAAAAGGUCUUAAAAAGCAUUAGAUUUAGGUGUCUGAGACCUGUGGACACCCUCACUCACCAACAGUCGUGAAAAAUGUGGAAAAGUCAUUGAACAAGUAAAAAUCUUUGAAAGUUUUAGAAAAAUCAUUGAAAUGUGUUGUCUUU